AUGGAGGUACUUGGGCGCAUCCAUUACCCGUCUCUGACUUCGACUCCGCAUUCUUCCCUAUCGAGCUGCAGCCUCGUCUACCUAGCCACUCGAGGGACAAAUACGUUCGACGCUUUAGCAAGGUGGUUCGAUCACACAAAGGCCAUAGCUUGGAGGAGUUCAGACUUCACCCUCGGCCUCACCGAGAAGUACAAGCGAUCCAUCGAUUGGUUCGUCGAGUUUGCAACAUCGAAGCGAGUCAGGAACCUGGAGCUGGACUUCAAUCUACCGCAUCAAAGACGAAACUGA